AAGAAGGAAAGCUUCCCAUUUUCCAAGUUGGAGAAGGCAAACGCUUGCUGAGAUGGUAUCCUCGUAAUUCUACGAUACCCACAUGCCCAUUUUGGUAGAGUAGCUUUUGAAGAGAUCAGAGGAAAGUAUAAACUCCCCGUGCCUGCUUUGGCUUUUCUUACCCAGUCAUCAACUUGAAAUGGCUAUCGCUUUAUUGGUUCUAACUCUUCGGGCAGACAUGAUGGGUUCAGUCAUGUUCACUUGCAGAAAUCGUUAAUCACAGAUUUAGGGAGAGAUUUGAGGAGUUGAUAAUGGGCAGAGAUGGUAAAGUGGAAGUGAUCAACAGCAAGGGUUGCUCAAGGCUGUUUGUGGGACUUUCAGCUUCAAUCCCUUCUUUUAGAGGUUUGCAAUCUUUCGAGCCAAUGUCUACUGUCACAUCCUCCGCUGGGUCUGAAUCAGUUUUGUUUCGAUCAAACGGUCCUUUUGCUGGUCUUGUUAUAUGUGUCACAGGUCUAUCUAAAGAAGCAAGGAAGCAAGUAAUGGAAGCAACAGAGAGAUUAGGUGGUCAGUACAGCUCCAAUUUGCAUCCUCAAUGUACCCACUUGGUUGUCCAGAGCUUUGGUGGACGCAAGUUCGAGCAUGCUGUGAAGCAUGGAUCAAAAAAUGGUCUCUUUGUUGUUACACUUGGAUGGUUUGUGGACAGUGUCAAAAGGAAUGUGAGGCUGGGUGAAUCUCUCUACAGUGUGAAGAGCGUUGGAGAAAAUGAUGUGCGCUUGGAUGACUUAAAUCGACUUGUUGGUUUCAGUGGCACUGAAAAUUCCUGUCUUCCAUCUGGUUUUAAUGAUCCCAAGAAAUUUGAAAUGAUUGAACGACUGCAUAAAAAAUCAUCUGGAAGAAGUUCUGGUCGAAGUAUUGAAGCAAUUUUUUCUGGUAAUUCCUUGUAUGUUGAUUCAGACAUUUCAGAUGAACUGCGGAAUAAGGUUUAUGAAGCAGCUAGAGGAGAAGAUGCUAUGUUUUUGGACCAAUGGUUUGUUGGUUGCACGGCAAGUCAUGUAGUAUGUGAAGGGGCCUCUAUCCAAAGAUAUCUUGGCCACUCUAACAACCUUGUGACUCCACUUUGGGUUCUAAAAACAGCAAAGGAGAAACAUGUCCAGAGGCUUGUUUAUAUGUCUGCUGAUCUAGCCAGGCAGGUUGGGAUGAUGCUUGGAAAUUUUCAAAAUGGCAUUGCGGGGCAGGAAAUAAAUGGCGGAAAUGCCCCUCAAGAUGUUCAGAAUUUGAGGAGUAAAACAAGCCAUGGAGGAAGGCAACAGAUUGUGAAUUUUGCUAAAAGCUUGGUUAGAAGUCGUCGCGGUCGUCGAAUGCAGACCUGUCAAACUCCGAUUCGUCCAAUAACCCCGAGCAGCCUUCUGGAUUCAAUCUGCUGGUCAAUAUCUGAGCCAACCUCAACUGCUUCUAUUUACACAGACUCUUUAAGUUGUGAUGAUGUUAGUGAACAUCAUACAUCUGUGUUCUUUGAUGCAAAGGGGGACACCAAGGAUUCAGAAGCUUCCUUUGCAAACCUAACACGACCGCUUACAGAAAGUGAGAAAAAUGAGUUGAUAUUUAAGAACCACUUUCUGACCAUUCUCUUUCCCAUUGACCGGUUUUCUGAAAUGGGACCUUCUUCAAAAACCUUUUUCAGUGAAAAUGGUUUCACAUGUUUGCAGGUGUUGGAUCAUGUAUAUGCAUUUUAUCAGGAGAAUAUGUCAGCUUCAGAAAUAGAAGUUGCAAUUCACACUGAUUCAAGGCAUGCUGAUCGGCUCCGAACCGUAUAUUCGAGUAAAGAAACAGCCGAGCUUGGUUACGUGAUUUUCAGACGAAUCGACUUCUUAGGUAGCAGGAAGAGUUUUGAGAUGUUAAAGCGUGUUGCUGGGGACAACAACAGUAAUGUGUAUGAACUCUUGAUCAGAGCAUAAUGUCAUCUAAUCAGGUAUGGACCAUCUGGGUGAUAAAAUGGUGACCCAUGAGAGCUUGUUUGUUACAAAGCCCUCUUAACAUGGUGAUUCCACAAUUUUCUUUUCUUUUCUUUUCUUUUCUUUUCUUUGUACAAUGUAAGAGUUUCUUUUCUAUCAAUAUGCAGAUAGCAUAUCAUAUCCUUUCAUUAAGUGUGCAUGAGAAACAGACGAGUGAAAUACCAACUUUUUUUUUUUAAUAAUUUUUUUUUUCUUGACAAAGGCACUUUGGGAAAUGCCUGUAAUAUCAUACCAUGUAAAUUGAAUCUUUGCAACGUUUAAGUUUGUAGGUGGGAAACUUUUGAUCGAUGAGCUUGCUGAAAAUAUAAUGUUUUUCUGUUCUAUUG